AUGUCGAUGGACCUGGACACUCCGGUGUCCUUUGAACCGGUUUCAUUUCAGCCGCAACAGCAAACCGCAACGAUUCUUUGUUGCAACUGUGGUGCCCCUAUCGAUGGAACCACAGCAGCGGGUGCGCUUUGCGAGGAUUGUAUUAAACUGACCAUCGAUAUCUCCGAGGGGAUCCAGCGCGAAGCUACGUUACAUAUGUGCAAAGACUGUGAGAGAUGGCUACAACCUCCGAGUCAAUGGAUCAGCGCUUCGCUAGAGUCGAGAGAGCUCCUCGCGCUAUGUCUUCGAAAACUGAGGGGUUUGUCGAAAGUCCGGAUAAUCGACGCGAGCUUCUUGUGGACAGAACCGCACUCGAAACGGAUCAAAGUGAAGAUAACCAUUCAACAAGAGGCCCUCCAGGGUACAAUAUUGCAACAAACGUUUGAAGUGGAAUACGUCGUUGCAUCCCAGCAAUGCCCAGAAUGUGCAAAGUCGUAUACAGCCAAUACAUGGCGUGCUUCGGUGCAGGUUCGACAGAAAGUGCCUCACAAGAGAACCUUUCUCCACCUGGAACAGCUUAUACUAAAGCACGGCGCCCAUAAAGAUACGAUAAACAUCAAGGAGGUCAAGGACGGUCUAGACUUUUUCUUUUCCCAGCGAAACCAUGCAGAAAAAUUAGUCGACUUUUUGUCGUCAGUCGCUCCGGUCCGGGUGAAGAAAUCUCAGCAACUGAUUUCUAUGGAUAUCCACACUUCAACCAAGUCCUACAAAAUCUCAUUCUCUGUCGAAUUAAUACCCAUCUGCAAGGAUGACCUUGUUGCUCUGCCGAUAAAGCUGGCGAGGUCGUUAGGCAAUAUUUCGCCUCUCACUCUCUGCUACCGCGUUGGGACCUCUGUGAACCUUUUAGAUCCGAAUACGCUCCAAACAGCUGACGUUCCCGCUCCAAUCUACUGGAGAUCGCCAUUCAAAAAUAUUGCCGAUGUUCAGGAAUUGGUGGAAUUCAUCGUCAUGGAUAUCGAACCGAUUGGCCAGUCCAGCGGCCGUUUCUAUCUUGCGGAAGCUACAGUUGCAAGAGCUUCGGAUCUGGGUUCAAACGACACAACCUACUUCACCCGUACUCAUCUCGGGGGCGUACUGCAUCCGGGAGAUUCAGUCAUGGGAUACCACAUAACAGGUACCAAUUUCAAUGACGAAAACUACGAAGCUCUGGAACAAAACAGCACCUACAGCUCCAUGAUUCCCGACGUUGUACUCGUUAAGAAACAUUAUCCUAGGAAGAAGAAGAAUAAGGCCCGCAACUGGCGUUUGAAGCGCUUGGACCGUGAUGAAGAAGAACCGUCAUCGUCUUCUAACAGACAACAAAACCAAAAUAGGUUGGAAGAAGAUUUCGAAUUGUUCUUGCGUGAUAUUGAGGAGGAUACGGAGCUGAGGAGCACGUUGGCGUUGUACAAGGCGAAACAAACACGGAAACAGAACACUCAUCCUGAUCAAAUGGGUGAUGUGGAGAUGAACGUUGAUGAUGAAGACAACGAGGAUGAUGACGAUGAUGGUGUGCCAAAGAUCAAUAUGGAUGAGUUGCUCGACGAGUUUGAGGAACUCAACAUGGAGGAUAAUCAGCAAUAG